AUGACCAAUGAUAAGUUACCCCCCUUACCCAGCGGCUCAGGCGCUUGUUUACCGACCCCCUCCCACAAGGGCUCAGCCCAUACUGGGUUGUACCACCCUCCCACAACGCCCCUCAGCCCUGUUACCCCCCUCCCACAACGGCUCAGCCCGGGUCCCACUCCAGCAAAGCGGCGGAGAAUAGGCAUCCCCCACGGCCUCCCGAUUUACCCACCCUCACACGGAAAGGCUCUUCAGGCCCCUGCUCCCCCACCCUUUGUACCCCAGUGGUGUGUGAUUGGCCGGUUUCCGGAUCAGGAUUCGACAAAAGGAUUUGCUCAGACGUGGAGCAAAGGUGAAGAGACAGAAGAAGGAGAAGACGAAGACGAAGGAGAGGAAGAGGAAGAGGAGGAGGAAGAGGAGGACAAUGUCGAGGAAGAAGAGGACAAUGACACGCCAGCCGAAACGGAGGGACGGUCCUCCAGUUUGGACGACUGGACGGGGAAGCAGACGGAGGAGACUCAGACUGCUAAGCCCGAAGAGCUGAAGGACGCGUCCGUCCCCGAGGGAGAGCAGAAAGCAGCUGAAAUCAACGAGAAGGCCGACUCCGCAGGGGGGGACGAGACCGAUGACGGCACCAAACCGGCCAAUGGGACGGCAGACAGCAACUCCAACAGCCAAUCAGGCGCCAACAAAAAGUUGUCUCUCUUCAGACGGCUGUCCUUCUCCAGGACCAAGCAGACCAGCGAAAGGGACCAAAGCCCAGCGCAGGGAGCCAUCAGCGGGGACGCAGCCGUCCUCCGAGGGG